CGGGGCGUAGGGAUAACGUGGGAGGGUCCGCCCAGCCUCUCUUCUACCCAAUAGAAGGCCAGAAAGCCAAUCCGGACCGUUGGGGAGUCCAAUGGGCGUCGCCUCCAGGCCCCGUUGCAGAGCGCGUCUAGCCAAUAGGCAGCGGCGGCGGGCGGGCGCGGGUGACAGGCGGCGCGGCUGAGGCGGAGCAGGCGCUGCGGCAGGAGGGAAGAUGGCGGACGAGGAGAAGCUGCCGCCCGGCUGGGAGAAGCGCAUGAGCCGCAGCUCAGGCCGAGUGUACUACUUCAACCACAUCACUAACGCCAGCCAGUGGGAGCGGCCCAGCGGCAACAGCAGCAGUGGUGGCAAAAACGGGCAGGGGGAGCCCGCCAGGGUCCGCUGUUCGCACCUGCUGGUGAAGCACAGCCAGUCAAGGCGGCCCUCGUCCUGGCGGCAGGAGAAGAUCACCCGGACCAAGGAGGAGGCCCUGGAACUGAUCAACGGCUACAUCCAGAAGAUCAAGUCGGGAGAGGAGGACUUUGAGUCUCUGGCCUCACAGUUCAGCGACUGCAGCUCAGCCAAGGCCAGGGGAGACCUGGGUGCCUUCAGCAGAGGUCAGAUGCAGAAGCCAUUUGAAGAUGCCUCGUUUGCGCUGCGGACGGGGGAGAUGAGCGGGCCCGUGUUCACGGAUUCCGGCAUCCACAUCAUCCUCCGCACUGAGUGAGGGUGGGGAGCCCAGGCCUGGCCUCGGGGCAGGGCAGGGCGGCUAGGCCGGCCAGCUCCCCCUUGCCCGCCAGCCAGUGGCCGAACCCCCCACUCCCUGCCACCAUCACACAGUAUUUAUUGUUCCCAAAAUGGCUGGGAGGGGGCCCUUCCAGAUUGGGGGCCCUGGGGUCCCCACUCCCUGUCCAUCCCCAGUUGGGGCUGCGACCGCCAGAUUCUCCCUUAAGGAAUUGACUUCAGCAGGGGUGGGAGGCUCCCAGACCCAGGGCAGUGUGGUGGGAGGGGUGUUCCAAAAAGAAGGCCUGGUCAGCAGAGCCGCCCCGUGUCCCCCCAGGUGCUGGAGGCAGACUCGAGGGCCGAAUUGUUUCUAGUUAGGCCACGCUCCUCUGUUCAGUCGCAAAGGUGAACACUCGUGCAGCCCAGCCAUGGGCCCUCUGAGCAGCUGUGCAGCACCCUUUCACCCCCAAUUAAACCCGAAACCACU